AACUAAUUGUUGAUGUCGGUCGAUUAAUUGUUGAUGUUGUACUUGGUCUGAAAAUGCUUCCUUUACAAAAGAACUUUUAUUUAAUGUAAUUUAGGCAACAGAUCCUUCAGGUUGGCCAGACCCUUAUCUGUUUAAGAUAAGGGUAAGUUUUAAGAAUAAUAUUUCGAAACGUCAAUUUGUCACCUACCCAUACUAUCUAAAAACUGUAUAUAACUCCACACUCUACACUUUUUUUCUAAAAUUCUAAGUUUAUUUUUAAAUAGCAAUUAGUAGUUAUAUUUGACUUCCGAUAAAACAAAAGUAAACCUAAACCCUUUAGUGAGUAUUCUGCAUAUAUUUAUGUAUAAAUAUUAUUUAAGUUAAUUUUUGUUGUAUUGUUACCCUUUCUAUGAUUUCCAAUGAGCACAAUUCAUCAAAAAUAAAGUACAUAAAAAUGCAUAAAUGGGAAAAACGUGACAUACAAAUCCCAACUCUACUCGUAAUAGUCAGAACUUCUUCAUUCUCUCUUCUUUCAAAUUUACUUAUAAGUACUGUUACGUUUUCUCCAAAAGUCAAACUCCAUUAAUUGAGGAGAGCGUACCCAAUAACAGCAUUGUCCAAAUUUUUAAAAUUCCAAUCGAAGUAGUUUUCGAAAUAUUCUAAUGGGUAGUCACCUUGAGACACCGUGUAUAUAGUUCUAAGUCUUGAUCAGUUAACUACUUACAGCAGUCCUAAAUUUUUUUUUAAAUUGGUUGUAUUGAAUUAUUGUUUACAAACUGAUAACAAAACUGAACUGUACAUGUACAUACUUAGGUAAUAACUAAUGUAUAACUUAUGUGGGUACUUUGAAUUCUAUUUUAAAAAAUUAACCUCACUGACAAAUUAUAUGUUGGGAGUUGUUCAUGUUACGUAUUAGGUACAAUUCUGAGAAAGACCGUCUAAAAAUUUGAAAGUAAAGUCGAUGAAACUCAGAACUAAUAAAUAUACACCCCUUUACAAAGUUCAGUUUUACUGCUACAUCGUCAGCAUUUCAAAAGUUUGUUCGUAAAAAUGCACUUCAUGAAUUAUUCAAAGGAAAGGAGAAAAUAUAUACGCCAGGAAGCCCCGAAACGUAACUGAUACGUUCACAAAAGCGCACACCCCUAACAAGAAUUGUUCGCUCACUUUUUGGUAUUUUCCUAAAAUUGCUUCUUAUUAAAACGAAGUUAAGGUAAGAACAUAGGUGAUAGAAAGAAAAUUAAAGAAAUUCUCUGCUUACGUAAAAAAUUUUUUUAUAAUGAAAGGCAAACAACUAAAAUUUAAAAAUAUUUUUAUUAAUAAAGCAGAAUUGUGAGCUGUUAUACAGAAGUUGUUACAAUCUAUGAUAAAAUGAAACAUUGUAUUGCAUUUAUUGAAAAAUGGUUUAUAAUUGCCGAAUGGCUUCUGCAAAUUUCAUCGCUAUAUAACUAUGAAGAUUGUUACUCGACAAUUCGAAAAGUGUUUUACUGGGUUUAUAAAAUUGCCGUGAUAAUAUUGAACCUGUUCGUAACUGUAACAAGUAUACUAGCCCUUAUUAAACUGGAAUUUACCGUUUUGAUGUUAGUGGUUAAUGCCAUCAACAUCUAUUACGAUUAUGAGAAUGUUAUACAGAAAACGCUCAAACAAUUUGACUUCUUUUGGACAAACAACCAGAACGACAAUUUAUCAAAUCGAAUUUAUAACAAAGCAAGUGAAGAAGAGUUAUUAUCAUCUAAAGUAUUUCAUACAGCUCUUUCUAACAAUCUCAAUGGGUUAAUAGCGAGACAUCAAAAACUACUUGAAUUUUAUAGACGAUUAGACAAAUUUUUGAUGCCAACAAUUACAGUAAGACUCGCCAUCACAUCAGCUGCCUUUAUAUUAGAAACUGUAACUGGAUUAGUAGUGCGCGACAUGAACAUAUCACUGCCUUUUCUGCAAUAUGCCACUACGUGUUUAAUACAAUUGCUACUUUAUGGUGGUAGCGGGCAUCUUCUUAUUUACAAGAGUCAAAACUUAUCAGAAGCCUUAUACGAUAGUCGAUGGAUAUCUUGUAAAAGAGAUAUAAAAAGAUCUGUCCUUUUGAUACAACAGAGAUGCUCUGUUUCGAGUAAAAUAACAAUUGCUUCUUGGAUGGAUUUAACGCUGCAAACGAUGUCUUCAGUUGUUCGCUUCUCCUUUUCAAUUGCUACGGUUCUUCGGCAGGUUUUGGAUAAGAAAUAGUAGGAAACGGAUGAAAUAAAGAUUAUUAGGUUUUUGUGUCUAUAUGUAUCAGGGUAGUUGAGAAUGGAGAAAUGUAAAAUAAAAUGCAUUGAUAGUUAAGAUAUAGAUCACUUAUAUAUAAUAACAUAUAAUUUUCAGCAUGAUUUAAUUGAAACUGUCACAUCGCGGAAGUAAAAGGGUUGCUAUUUUUAACACUAAUAUUGAAGCCUUUUUUUAUACUUGAACGCUUUAAUGUAGCACGAAAACCAUAAGCAUAGGUGGUCUAUAGUGCCGAGAAAGAAUAGUUACAGUUUCAUUAAAUUAUGUAAUCGCAAAAUUCAGAAAUUUUGACAUUCACACCACAAAAGUUCUUUGUUACUAUAAGGUAAGCAAAAUUUAUAUGUAUCUAAUAAAAUUGUUUAUUUCAAAAGUAAAGAAGGAAGUGCACAUUAUGCAAUUUGUUUUUGCGUUUAAGGAUUUGUAAAAAACAAAUGUAUUAUAAAGAAAACUUUAUUUUAUAAAAAACGAAACCACCAAAAGACAUCGCUGUUAAAUACAUUUUGCAAUUAGUGAAAUUUUUAGUUAGUAAGGAGACAACUUAAUGUUUCAAUUUAUCUCUUUGACUUCUAGUCUCCGCAAAACAUUUAUUUAAUUAAAUGUUUAUAAAUUUAGUAAUUUACCAGUACGUUAAGUAAAGAGACAUAAUAAUAUCGAUGAAUAAAUAAUAAAAGUAAUAUGCAUAACCACACGAUCAGUUGGGAGCUGAUAAUUCAUGUUGGUACUUCAAUUAACAUUCUUAUUUGCGACGUUUCGUUGGCCUUAAUGCCAACCCCAUCAAGCUACUUUAUUAAAAAAAAUAAAAGUAAUAUAUUACUAAUUCCUAUUGAUUCUUAGUUAAUCGUUAAUAAACGUAGUUUUUAAUGUAUAAUGCUUACCUGAUUGUUUUUUAAAUGCCAAGAAUUAUUGAAGUGACACCUCUUUACGCA